UUACAACAGCUUAUAACAAUUCACUAACUUAUAUAAUCAAUACAUCUACACUAGUAACAUCCUCACAUAGUCUUCCACUCUUAGAUAAAAUGACGGACAAUCACAUUUAUGGAAAUUAUAAUUUCGAGCUCUCUACAAGAAAGAGUGGAAACAGAAGAAAUUCCAAAAUAGCAGACCCAGGUUCCUUUCUUUAUCCAAGGGAAACAACAUCGCCCUCCAGAAGGAUCCAGGUCCUGUUGGUUGUUCUCAGUCUCAGCCUGCUCUGUUCUCUCUGUGCUCUGGGUGUUGUGACUUACCUCUUAUGUGGUUCUUUAUAUGUCAGUGAGAACAACCAAAUAGAUUCACUGCUGGAGACAAAGGACGGUCACCUGGGCGCUACAGCAUCAGCCAAAAUGACCGAUAUUCCACUUCCUACCCGCUCUGCAGCAAAGUCAACCAAGCUAAUAGGUUGUAAAUCCUGUCUUGACGGCUGGGUUUCUCAUGGUGCGAAAUGCUAUUUCUUCUCUAAUGAUGCAGUGAACUGGACUCAUAGUCGGGAUCACUGUGUCUCUAUGGGAGGUCACCUGGUCAUCAUCAACAGCCAACAGGAACAGACAUUUUUAAGGUCAAUGAAUGUUAAUUCGUGGAUUGGACUGAAUGACUUUGAGACUGAAGGAUGGUGGCUCUGGGUGGACAACAAACCUCUGAGUCAAACUGGAGUGAAUUUCUGGAUCAAAUGGGGAGGAGGAGUAUCCGAGCCUAAUAACUCAAAGAAGGAUGACCCUUCAGGGGAGAACUGUGCUAGACUAUCUAACCCUGAGGGCUAUUCUGGCUGGGUGGAUGCUCCUUGUGGAGAAUUGCAUGCAUUUGUCUGUGAGGGACUUAGUGUUAAUUAAGAUGCUAAUCUUUCAGCUCUGUUAUAAUUGUAUUUCUGAGUUCAUAGCACAAAUAUUGCAAGAACAUUUUUUACUGGCAGCCUGGAAACUGAAUCCAUUUGUGAUCUCUUCUUUGGAUGCAAACAUCAUCUUGAUAUUCUGUGAGUACGCUUUGUAGAGCGUUUUUUCUAUACACUCAUGACAGUUGUAUACACCUUUGAUCCUUUAAGUCCUGUAAGUUGUGAGGCGGGGCCUCCAUGGAUCGGACCCGU